AUGGAGCCUCCACCUCCUCUACAGAACUCAUUGUCUGAAUGUCACCGUGCUGACGUUGGGUCUGAAUGUCACCGUGCUGACGUUGGUGUCAGAAGAAGUACGUCACAUUCUUUCAAGGAUGACAAGCUAAAAGACAAGCUUUAUGUCUGCUCGGCUCAAGGUACGCGAGUCAAAGACAAGCGUGAUGUUAAUGUCAAAAAGCAUCGGGCAGAGACCAGAUUUGAAUGCUUAGCAAGGAUGAAAAUUAGUUUAACACAAACAAGUAAGUAUGCGAUUGUCGAUUUUUAUUCUUAUCAUACGCAUAUCACCACAACUCCUAGAAAAUCCCACUUAUUUAGAUCUCAGAGACGUUUGAGUACUGCUAUUAUAACACAAGUUGAUAUGGCUGAUGCGUCAGGAAUUGCUCCUAGAGAAAGUAUGGAAUUUUUAAGUAGACAAUCCGGUGGUCGUCAAAAUGUUGGAAUUAUACCACUGGAUUAUAAAAAUUAUCUACGUUAUAAGCGAACGAGGAGAAUGGAAACAGGGAAUACAGGCUGUGUGUUAGAAUAUCUACAAAAAAUGAAACUAAAUGAUCCUAUUUUUUUUCCUGCUAUUCAAGUAGAUAAGGAUGAUUUGAUUACAAAUAUUUUUUGGAAUGAUGUGAGAAUGGUUGUAGAUUAUGAUUAUUUUGGUGAUGUGGUAAGUUUCGACACUACGCACAUGAAAAACAAAGACGAAAGACCAUUUUCCAUGUUUGUGGGAGUAAAUAAUCACAGACAAACCAUUAUUUUUGGUGAUGCAUUAUUAUAUGAUGAGACUGCAGAAACUUUCAUGUGGUGUUUUGACACUUUCGCCGAAACUAUGUCUGGGAAGAAGCCAAAAAGUAUUUUCACCGACCAAGAUGCAGCAAUGGCUAAAGCAUUAGCUUCACAAUGGGCAGAAUCAUGUCAUCGGUUGUGUAUUUGGCACCUGUUUCAAAAUGCUGCCAAACAUCUUUUCCAUGAGUUUCAUAAAUUUAAUGACUUCACGAAGGAUUUCACCAAUUGUGUAUAUGAUUAUGAAGACGAAAUUGAAUUUACCGAUGCUUGGAAGAAGAUGCUCGCAAAAUAUAAUCUCCAGAAUAAUGAUUGGUUAAAAGGCUUGUUUAGUUUAAGAGAAAAAUGGGCAUUGAUAUAUGCGCGAGACACUUUUUGCGCAGAAAUGACCACUACCCAACGCGGUGAAAGUUUGAACAGUGUCUUAAAAAAUAUAUUAGUUACAAGUAUGAUUUAG